GUGUAGUGUUGCUUCCGGAGCGAUUUAUAUACGACUACUAAAAAUAACUUAUUACAUCAGUUCGUGCAUGCGCAGUCAACAAUAUCCGUUGGAGGUUCGAGCCUACUUGAUAAAACACCCCGGAAAUCGAGAACCAGAAAGACCUGAUAUCAAGGGCCCCGGACAAGUCAUCAUGCAGACAAUCAAGUGUGUGGUUGUUGGUGAUGGAGCAGUGGGUAAAACAUGUCUGCUCAUCUCCUACACAACAAACAAGUUCCCCUCCGAAUAUGUUCCAACUGUUUUUGAUAACUAUGCAGUGACAGUAAUGAUUGGUGGGGAACCCUACACCCUGGGUCUCUUUGAUACAGCUGGACAAGAGGAUUACGACAGACUAAGACCCCUGAGUUACCCACAAACAGAUGUGUUUCUAGUGUGCUUUUCUGUAGUUUCUCCUUCAUCAUUUGAAAAUGUGAAAGAAAAGUGGGUUCCCGAAAUAACACAUCAUUGUCAGAAAACUCCAUUCUUAUUGGUUGGAACACAAUUAGAUUUAAGAGAUGAUGCCACAACUAUAGAAAAAUUAGCCAAGAAUAAACAGAAGCCUAUUACAAUUGAACAAGGAGAGAAACUGUCCCGAGAACUAAAAGCUGUGAAAUACGUGGAGUGUUCUGCCUUAACACAGAAAGGACUAAAGAAUGUGUUUGAUGAGGCCAUUCUAGCAGCACUGGAGCCCCCAGAGCCACCCAAGAAGAAGAAGUGUGUGCUGUUAUAAAUAUAAUGUAUGGCAAAGUAAUGAAUUACACUCAAAACUUUGAACUGACAAAAGCAACUGCAAGAGCUGGGAGCGACAGGAAAAGCGGACAGAACAAGCAACAUGUCUAAGCAUAGUUAUAAAACAGUCAAAUUGUUUAACGGCUCAAUCUGUGGCCAAAGACCAGCUGUUCUUCACAUGUGAUACCCCUAUGUUCUUUGCAAUCACUACUGGUAGAACAUUGAAAUUUAAUAAUUAAAGAAAAAAAUGUAAGUUUCUAUUUGAUAUUUGUUUUUGAAAAUACGAAAAAUAUGCGAAAAGAUAUUAAUAUAAACACCAGUGCCCCAGGAUUAAAGUUCUCUAUAUACCAUAAGUCAUUAAAAACAUCAUCACAUAAAACACAGAUUUCACUCAUCUGAACCGUUAGCUCUAUAUGUGUGAACCCUUUGGUUGAAAUCUGUCGCUGCUGUGUUACUAUAUACUAAAAGAAUUUACAUUCUUAUUAAUAGAAUGCCCUAUAUAUAAUUAUAUUCUCAUAAAGAAAAUCCUGUUUGUAAACACAGCAGGCCAUUAAUUAUAAGAUGGGUAAAGAGUUAUGUGGAAAUGUAUUUUUAAACAAGAUAACUAUUAAGGUUUCAUUUAAUAUCAGAAUUUACCUGGUUUUGAUUUUUGUCUGGAAAUCACUAUAUAUCUAUAUAUGCAUGUUGAAUACAGGUAUCGCAUAUUAAAAGUGUAGAAAUGCAUGUGUGUUGAAAAACUGUGCUGAAAAUAUUUAGAAAAAGUAUUCAGUGACCUUUUACCUCUGAACAUUUUCCUUUAGUCUCUGCAAAUGCUGUCUCUUUGUUGUCGUGACAGUACAUGUAUACAAUCUUCCCAUUGUUUGUAUGAUUUUACGUAUAUGAUUCAGAUUUGCCUGCAGAUAAAACAAGUGCUAUUACAUGAGGACAGACACAUUAGUCAGUAUAUCUCCACAUUGUCUAGGAUUUGUCUAGGGGCCUGUUUGUUUAUGCAGAACAACUGGUUUGUCUGCUUUUAAAUGUAACUUCUUCUGGAAUAUGCAGGCCUUGCAAGGCUUUGUCGAGGCUCGCCUGAGAGCAGCAUCAGAUUACUAGGUCCGACCUUAUUUCAUGAAUAACACCCCAUGUCCAAGCUGUUUUACCGUUUGCGGUAAACGAAAGCGGCAUAGUAUUCUUAGGAUCUGAUUAUAGUCUAAAUAUGAAAAAAGUUUUCCCAUUCAAAUUUCUUUGAAAUGUUACUAUUCAAAAUGCAACACUUUACCGUAAUUUAAAUACUGAAUAAUUCCAUUUUUCUUUUUCUUUUUUGAAGUAGUAUGAUAAUUAUUCUUGUGGCGAUUUUUGUGAAUGGAAGGAGCCACACUAUCAAAACAAAAUAAGUGUGUUGCCAAAAUGAUAGGAAAAAGUCUGUCUUUGACCAUAUCAUGUUAUUUGUAAGACUUUCCUGGUCAUGUGGAGACGAGUCUUGUUAAACUGCCAUAUGCUGCAUGUGUGUCGACCAAAGCUUCCUGUAUGUGAUGUGUUGUGAUCGUAUGUUGAAAGAAGUGUGCAAGGAGAAAGUGUGUCCUUAAUAUCAUUAUAUAUUGAGGAUGUAUUACUAUGUUAAAAAUAUAACCCACAUAACAACGUCAAGUUUGCAUUUAACUUUACACUAAAAUAGGAAACAAUUUUGUGCCCACAUACAAAACCAAAAGGUAAAUUGUAUUUCAUCUCUCAAAUUUUCCGUGAGCAUUUAUUUUAAAUGCUUGGUAAAGAUGGGUUUUCCUCAUCCACACCAUCGGCAAUUUUCAUUAAGUCAAAAUCUUUUGAAUUUAAAAUCUGUUGCACCAGAAGUAAGAUGAAGCAUACUUGUUGUGUAUGAAAGGAUUACGAUUGUGUUUUUUUUUACUAGCUUGAAUAUGAUAUUGUCAAAAAGUUUUGAUCAUACUUAAUUGUAUUACCAUUUAUAAGGAAACAAUCACUUCUUUUUCAUAGGAGAAAACAAUAUUUUACAUAUUUUUUAUGAAUACUUUUGACCGUAAACAUAGAGGGAACAUGAAAGUUCAUGUAUCAUAAUUAGAAGAAGAAAAAGAAAAUAUACAUGUAUAUACCUAUCUAUCUUUGUUUGGUGUUUUCUGACAUUUCUCUGCCGCAGUUAUUGUUUUAUUAACAGGCUUUGGGUGCAAUAAUUUAAAAAAAAUAACCCGUUUGAAUUAAUAAUACCAGUAAGUGCUAAACUUAUGUUAAACAAUACUUUCAUUUAGAAAUAACAAAUUGUGCAUAUGAUACAGCUAGAGAAAUUCUGUGUGUUUAUAUUAAUUAUUUUAGUAGUACACUUAUUCAAAAAUAAAUAUCAAGCAUAUAAUUAUGCCAUGUUAUAAAAUUGUUAAGUGAUCUGUAAAAAGUAAGUAUGAGAUAUAUGUAUCACAAAAUAUUGCGAGUUGUUAAAUACAAAAUGGAAUUUUGGACAUGAGUUUUAAAUCUGAAUAUUCUGAAAUAUCAAAGAAUUUGUCAAAAAACACCCCAAUAUAAGUACAUAUGUAGGACUAAAAGCUGUAUAAUUAUAUGCCUUUGUAAAUAUAUCAUUGUAUUUGUACACACUUCAUUUGUAUAGACUUAUAAUAGUAUUCUACUAGAGGUUAAAAUUAGAUUUAUUUUUCUUUCUGAAAACUUUCACCUUCUGUUGAAAUUACCACUCUUUCACUCUUAAUUUCAACAUUUGGAUAAUGUCAUAUACUUUGAAAAGUUAAUUUUGGAUUGUGAAAGACUCUAGAAUUGUUACCUGUAAAUUGUUAUAACAUGAAAGAACAGUGGUUUGGUCUGCACCUGAACAGGACUGAAGUCUACUUGGAACAUACACAGAAUAUUCUUUCUGUUGUUGCUUAAAAGUUUAGGAAAUUUAUUUCUACUGCCCAAUAUACACUGUACUAUUGUGUUAAGUGCUUUCUUUAUAGAUCUGCUACAUUGGACAAAAUCGUUCACCAAAUAAUGAUCCUUGUUUUGGUGUGCAAGAAAUGAGUAAACAAAACGCAGUAAAACUUUUAAAAAAUUGGCUUGGUCCAAUUAUCCAUCACUUAUUUGGUCAUCUUCAUUUUGUUCCCAAAACGGUAUUAUAUACAUACAUAUAUUGUUCACUUAGCUUGGAGUCUAUUGUAUAUAUUUCAUGGUUAGAUAAUAUUAUUAUGUGUAUUUAGAAAGCGACAUAUUGUAUAUACUUUUCUCUGUCAGUUGCUGAAUUGUAACUUUAAUUUAAUGUUACUGCAAUACCGUUUCGUCUUUGUAUACAACAGAUGAUGCAGAAAUAAAGACUUGGAAGAGAGUUCUGACAAACUCUCCCAGGGAAAACAUGCACACAUAGCAUGUAUCUCAAAAUCAAUAUCAGCUUGUUCAUGAUUUGACAACUUGCUUAUUUAUGUUCAAUGGAAAGUUAAUUUUAAUUGUGCCAAACUUGUCCAGUGUUUCUGAAUUUUUCUUUCUCAAUCUUUUGCUUUAAGAAACAGUUCAUGUUUCUGUUAGAUGCACUUGCACCUCUUUUUCUGUUAAAUAUUUCUGCCAAGUCAUUGUUUGGUUCCAAGUUUUUAGUGACGUUUGGGUAAAUAUUUUCCAAUUUGUCUCCAGUAAUCCUUUAUCUUUUACCGUGAUUGACUUUCAAAUGCUUAAGAAAAAUAAGAUUUCUUGGAAGCUGGCGUUUAAAUUAUUUUUCAUGGCAGCCGAAGGAAUCUAAGUACUAGCGUUGUUUUCCUCUCUUUUCCAUUUGAAAGAAAUAAGAAUACACCAAGAACGUGAAGCAUUGUGAACAUUGUACUCCUACAAAAAUGUAUAGAAAAAAGUCUGGUUAUCUGACAAUUAAAAUUGACAUUAUUAAUGGAAA